AUGUCGUCCCUUUACAGACGCCUCCACGGCUUAUUCCUCACCAACAAGCGUUACAAACCCGCCAUCAGAGUCACCAAGGCUACCACCACAGCCGCCACUAAUGAACAACACCUCCGAAAGAUGGUUGAGAAAUACAAAAAGUUAUCCGAAACCCCAAAGUUCCGUAGCCACCGUGAUAGGUACAUGAACGUCGUUCGCCGUUUUGCCUCCGCAAACAUGCCUUCCCUCGUCCACGAAUUCCUCGAACACCAGAAGAAGGUCGAUGUCAUUACUGACGAAGAAUUCACUGCUCACUUCAUUUUUCUUUAUGGAAGGUGUAAAAUGUUUGAUCACGCCCGCACCUUGUUCGAUGAAAUGCCUCAGUUGAACUGCCCGCGGACAGUUCGCUCUCUCAAUUCACUAUUGUCAGCGUGCGUUAAUUCCCGAGAGUUCCAAAAGAUUGAGGAGAUUUUCCGAGAGCUGGCUCCAAAAUUGGGGAUAGAACCGGACAGAGUAUCAUAUAACACUCUUGUCAAUGCAUUUUGUGAGAUGGGUGCUUUGGAUUCUGUACUUUCAGUGGUGGAUGAGAUGGAGAAGAAAGGAAUACAACCUGAUGUAAUCACUUUCAAUACGCUACUCCAUGCUUUCUAUUGGAGUGGGCGGUUUGCAGAUGGAGAGAAGAUGUGGGAUUUAAUGGAGAGCAAGGAUAUUGUUCCUAAUGUGAGGAGUUAUAAUGCGAGGAUGCGAGGAUUGGUUUCCGAGGAUAGGCUGCAGGAGGCAAUUGGAAUGUUUGACGAAAUGAAGAGUAAGGGAGUUCAACCGGAUUCUAUAACUUAUAAUGCUGUGAUUAGAAAGUUUUGUCAGGAUAAGAACUUGGAGGAAGCUAAGAAUUGGUAUCACAAACUACGCGAGAAUGAUUGUGACCCAGAUAGGGUGACUUAUGUGACCCUUGUUCCAUUCCUUAGCGAGAAUGGUGAGUUUGAUAUGGCUCUUGAGAUGUGUAAGGAGAUCUUGAAACGAGGCUUGAAUGUUCAACCUACUUUAUUCCAACAUGUGGUAGAUGGGUUGAUCGAGGAGUCGAGGAUUGAAGAUGCUAGGGUGCUUGUUAAGUUGGCAAGGUCUAAUCAUCAUGUCCGCUACUAUAAACUAAAGAUGCCUGGGUAA